UGAAAGACAGCGGCAGUAGGAGAAGGAGGAGGAGGAGGAGGAGGGUAAAGAUGGCGGGUCGGAGUUAUGGAUCAGGGUUCUCCGGCUGGAGAGGAGGCAGAGGCUCGGGGGCUUUUACAGAAUUCGGUGGGGGCUUCAAUAGUUUCAGCCAAUUUGGAUCCUCUAAAAUGCGUUCCUCUGGAGGGGCCUUCUCCAGCUCCGGCUGGGGGUCCGCGCCGAGGUCCCAGAGAAGAGGAGGACCAUCGGGGGGCUACGGCUUCGGAUUUAGGCAAGAUUCCUUCUCUAUGGGAGGUCGAGGAGGACACAACGGAGGACAGAGCAAGCCGCCGUCCCUCCUGUCCCAUCGCGUCUCCCCCUGGGACUCUUACCAGGGUUCUCAGGACUUUAAGUGGCAGUUUGGAGGAGGGCGGAGAUCCAACAGGCGGCAAAUCCGCAAGAAACCCUCCAGACAGGAAGGACAGAAGAAGAAGAGGAAGCAGUCGGAGAGUACGACGGAUGAGCCGGACUCUAAAAUGGGCCGGACUGAGACAGAUAAAGCUGAUCCUGAAGAGGAGAAGGACGAAACCUCAGCUGCUUGUUGUGAAUCAGCUGAAGGAAAUGUUACAGUUCUGUCUGUUAAAGAGGAGCUCGCUCUGUUGAAGAAGAAGCUUCAGACCAAAGAGAAAUCUGAUGAUGGUAAAACUUCAACUGGAACCACAGACGGUGCAGAAAUCAGACCAGAGACAAUGUGUGCAGCAGAUCAGUCUGAAGAUUCUCAGCAGCCUGGAACCUCCAGUGCAGAAGCUGAAGCACAGAGCGGUCCUCUCUCUAUAGAGGAGGAGUUAGCUCAGCUGAAGGCGAAGCUGCAGGGAAAACCAGUCGUUCCUACAAAGAACGAGAAGAAGAUACGAGGAUUUUUCGAGAUGUCGGGGGUGAAGAUCACAGCAAAAAGGAUAUCCUUUGCCUGUUCGGUGUGUAAGUACCGCACCUUCUACAGCGAGGAGAUGACGGCUCACCUGGAGAGCAGAUUCCACAAAGAUAUAUUCAAGUUCCUCAGCAACCGCCUCACGAAAGGGAACGCAGACUUCCUGCAGGAGUAUCUCAACAUUAAACACAAGAAUAUGGAGAAAACCGUCAGCCAGAUAAAAAAUCACGAUGCUGCAAUCUGCCAGCUCUACAAGGAGCGUGACCAGACCCGAGAUAUCGGUAUGGAGCACUUCAUUAAGAAGGUGGAUGCUGCUCACUGCGCUGUGUGUGAUAUGUACAUUCCAAUGCAGUAUUCCCUCAUCCAGAGACAUCUCAGAUCACAUGACCACAACUACAACCGGAGGGUUAUGAUGGAAGAGUCUAAGAAGUCGGCUCUGACGGUGGCUCGGAGUAUCCUCAACCACAAACCCGUCCGAGAGAAACUCGACAAGUACCUGAAGGGAGAAAACCCGUUCACUGCCGGAGCAGAAGAUCACGAUCACGAUCUGGACGAGUCCCUGCGGGUUGAAGCUUCAGAAUCUGAUCGGGUUGAAGAUGAACAGCGAGAGAAAGAGGAGGAGGAGGUGGAGGUGGAGGCUGAGGGAGGAGAAGCUUUAGAGGAACAUGAAGAGCAUGAAGAAGAGAAUCCUGAAGGGGAGGAGCUUUUAGAAGGAGACGAAGAGGUGUUAGAAGGGGAGGAGGCGUUGGAGGGGGAGGAGCUUUUGGAAGGAGAGGAGGAAGAGUUUGAAGAGGCAGAUCUCUAAUGAGCUUCUGGAGUUUCUGGUUUGUUUUUAGGUGUUUUUUUCCUUUUUUGUUUGACCUCCAUCCUCGUUCUGCUGAAGCAGCUGAACUCCUGGACUGAUUUACCCAACAGUCCACUAAAAAAAGAGUACGUGAUUUACCGUCAUUCGUCCAUUCUUCAUUCGUUCAUCCAUUCGUUUAGUUUCUUUUACUUCAUUUCAAUGAACUCCAGGUUAAAUUCUCCUUCAGAUCUGCAUUUU